GUUUGACGUGAUCAAGGUGUUUCAGAGCAACAAGCCUCUGUCCUUCGUCGCGUCCGUUGGCAUCGCUGCAUACUUUGCAGUGCGAUAUUUCAAUAGUCCAAGACGGAAACUCCCUCCUGGACCGCGCGGACUUCCGAUCAUAGGGAACCUGCUGCAGCUUCAAGAGAAGCAAUGGCUCGUAUUCUCUGAAUGGAGAGAGAAAUAUGGGGACCUCAUCUACGUCAACGUCGCCGGCAAGCCUAUCGUGGUCAUAAGUUCACAGAAGAUUGCGGGGGAUCUUAUGGAUCGCCGCGCUACAAUAUAUUCCGACAGACCGCAGAACAUUGUUCCGAACGAUCUGAUGACGGGCGGACUUCUCAUCACUUUUACACACUACAACGACGUAUGGCGCCGCUUGCGCAAAGCCGCUCACGAGGCCCUCAACAAGGCUGUGGCGCACAAGUAUCAUCCUACUCAGGCUGUCGAGGCCGUGCUUCUUACCUUGGGUGUUUUGACUGAUCCUGAGAAUUGGGAGGCUCAUCUCCGUCGCACCGCCGUCUCUUCUAUCAUGUCAAUGCUCUACGACACUCCCCCCAUCGCCUCAGAAGAAGAUCCUACUGUGCAGCGCAUCAAUGAUUUCGUCAUCCGCCUCACGCGCGCUGCACUUCCUGGCGCACAUUUUGUAGAAUUCUUCCCAUGGAUGAUCUACAUCCCCAGCAAGUUCGCAAAAUGGAAACGGCAGGCUCUUGACUAUUUUGCCCAAGAUUCGAUCUUAUUCGAGGGCCUCUUCAAAGGUGUGCGGGAUCGUGUCGAACAAGGAGAAGACCGCCCGAGCCUUUGUGCUAGUCUCAUAGAAGAUGCUGGUCGUCAUGGUCUCUCCGAAAGGGAGAACGCUUGGCUGGCCGGGACUAUGUAUGGGGCUGCUACGGACACGAAUGCAACAGUUAUGUCCUGGUGGAUCUUCGCGAUGGUUCUUUAUCCUGAAGUCCAAAAGCGUGGCCAAGCUGAGAUUGAUGCGGUCGUGGGGCGCGACAGGCUGCCGACUUUUGCCGACUUCGACAAAUUGCCAUAUAUCCGUGGCAUGGUCAAAGAAUGUCUGAGAUGGCGUCCAAUCGAUCCCGUUGGAAUACCUCACCGGUCUACCGAGGAUGACUGGUACGAAGGUUAUUUCAUACCCGCUGGUACUACCAUCAUCGCAAACGUCUGGCACCUCAACCGUGAUGAGAGGAUCUAUGGCCCUGAUGCGAAAGAGUUCAACCCAUCUCGCCACCUUGACGAGAAGGGCCAGAUCCUUCCCGGGCUUGCGGACACGAAGGAUGAGAGCCACUUCACGUAUGGGUUUGGCCGGAGGAUCUGCGUCGGACGCCACGUCGCGAACAACUCUCUGUUCAUCCAGAUUGCGAUGAUGCUCUGGGCCAUGAACAUCGAUCGCCCAACCAAUGAGACAGGAGUACCGGUGCCGAUGGAUAUUGAAGGCUGCGUUGAUGAUGGGCUAUCCGUCCAUCCUAUCCCAUUCAAUUGCAAGAUCACUCCUAGGCAUGCACAGGCGAUCUCCAUGCUGGAGCAGGAGAAAGAGUCUCACAUACAAUGAAGGUCGCAUGGAUGUCUUGGAACGGUUUUCAGGGAUGUAUUUUGUAGAACAUGUAUGCAGAACGGAGUCUCACGUUUGAGAAGU